GGGUUUAGUGCGGUCUCCACAGCGGCGGCGGCGGGCGCAGGUGCUUGAGCCAGGAUGGGCUUUGCUGAAGAGAAAGUGUACGACUACAUUAUGAAAAACCUCCGGAAUUUCAGGAACAUCCGUGUGGCGUCGCUGGCCGAUUCCCUGAGCUGCCUCACUGAUGCUGACAGAGAUGAGCUCCAUGCCCGGGAGGAAGCACGGGGCAGCCAGGCCACUGUCUAUAGGUUCUAUCAGCACCUGAAGUGCCGGCAGGGCUGGGUGAGGGACCUCAUCGAGGCGCUGCGCCAGAACAACGCCGGGGACCUGGCCGACGAGCUGCAGCACGUGUACGACUCCUGGCAAGCCUGUCCCCCAGCUCCCACCACUGCCUCCUCCCCUCCUGCAGCCAGCAAUGCCCGUCCCACUGUCACCUCCACCGCAGCCCAGACGCUGUCCCCAGCUCCCAACCCUGCUCCGGGUGCCCCGUUGGCUGAGCAGCCACACCGAGACCUGCCCGGUGCUGCCACCACCAUGAGCACGGACCUGGAUGCCAGGACCCCAGUGCAGGAGUCGCUCCCCAAAACCCUGAAGCAAGAGACAUCCCGGCCAUCUCCACCUGGGAGCACAGUCCAUGAUGGAGUGAGCACUGGGCACGGCGCUGAGGGACAUCUCUCACACCCCAUCGAGGCCGUGCAGGCACCAGCAGGGACCCCCGGGACAGGGAGCAUGUCCGUGCCCUCGGCUGUGCCCAGCGAGUGCGGCCGGGACUGGCUGAGCCGCCCGCAGCACCCAGUGUGUGUGGACAACGGGUGCUUUGGGAAUGCCAACCACCUGCGUCAUGGUGCACCCAGCUUGGGCCUGGGCAGGCCUCAUCCACCCCGGGGUGCAGAGGCUGCUCACAGCCCCAGGAACGAGCCUCAGGAGGACUUGUACAUCUCCACCGAGUCACCCCCGACGCUGCAGGAGGCCGCUCGCAGUGGGGGGAUGCAGCCCCUCAUCUCACUGCCCCCAAAACAGGCUGUGUCCAUCUCGGAGCAUGGCGAGCACCUGGGAAGCUUUGUGGAUGUGCGCAGCCCCCUCCUCAUACAGCAGCAGUUCGAUGCGGAGCAGAAGCUGGUCGGGAUGCUGGGAGAGCACGGACGAGAGGGAGACACUUGGAUGGAAUCAGCUACUCUAGUCACCGGCUCUCUGCCCAGGGGCACUUCCCCGUCCUGUGACACCUCCUUGAAGCCUCCUGGACCAGAGAAGAAAGCGCCCAUGGAGGUGACAGCCACCAGCACCCCUUCCGUGCCACCGAAGGAGCACGUGCUCCUGGCCUCAGCGGACCCUCCCCUGGGCACAACUGCUGCAGGAAGCGUGUCUGGGAGGACAUCCCACCGCGUGAGUUCUGCCACCACCAUCUGGGCAUCCUGCAGCAACGUGGAGGGGGACGUGGAGCCCAGCAAGCCGGGGGUCCUCCUCUCCGUGGCUGGGGCCAGCCCAGAGGCAGGUGGCAGAUGCCCCAGUGGCCCCUCUUCCAGCGUGUCCAACAGCCUCACCUUCAGGAGUGACCCUCUUUUGGUGAGCACGGAGAGCUCCAGCUCGGGACAAGCACUUCCCAGAGCAUCCUUGGGAUGCCCAGCACCAGACGCUGGGGAAGAGGCAUCAGCUGGAGCAAGCAGAGACUCUCACCCACUUCCAAGCUGGAGCAGCACCCACGAGGUCCAUGUGGAGCAGCACCCCAGCGCCCAGCUUGAGGCUGGCAGCGACCUCCAAGACAGAGCCAAUCCCAUUGGAAACUCGGGCUUUGACUCUGUGACCGGAUUGUCUCAGGGCAGUGUCCCCUCAGGGGACAGCAGUGGGCCAUCCCUCUCAUACCUCAUCCCGACCGUGGGCAUCGCUGUGGUUUCAAUGGUGGCAUUUCUGGUGUGCACCCGAUGGCACAAAUGAGGGUCACUCAGCAGGUCCUCUUCAUGGCAGGGAUUUGGCCAACACAUCUGAAGCUUGAGGAGCAGCAGUGGGGAUGGGAGGGAUGUUGUUAAAUCUCCUUCUGGAAGGUUCUGCUGGAAAAGGCCUUGGUUGGGUGGUGCUGUUAGGUUUGGGUCUGUUCCUCCUCUGUUUCCCAACCAUCUUCUUGUCUGUAGCCUUCUCCUUUUACACCCAUAGAGAGAGUCUCGCUCAGGGAAUGAUCCCUUAAGUCAAAAAUGAAAGUCCUCACGGUUAUGCUCCACAUCUUCCUUGUUUGGUCCCAGGGAAGGGUGUCCUGGGGGUCCAAAGGGUGACCCCCCUCACCCCUGGUCCCUCCGGGCAGUGAGUGAGGAGAGGUUGUGCAGAUGUCCUGUAAAAGUGGAGCUGAUUCUGUUGGCUUUGGUCUUCUCAGCUUGAAAACAAGCCUGAGGGUCUGUGCAGUGGCCUUCAGCAGGUGCCUCAUGGUGAAUUUGCCUUACUGGUGUCUCUGGCUCUGCUGCAGGGACCUUUGCUUGGACACCUUCCACUAGAGCAGGUUGCUCCAAGCCCCUGUGUCCAACCUGGCCUUGAACACUGCCAGGAAUGGGGCAGCCACACGUUCUCUGGGCACCCUGUGCCAGCGCCUCAGCACCCUCACAGGGAAGAGCUUCUGCCUCAGAGCUCAUCUCAGUCUCCCCUCUGGCAGGUUAAAGCCAUUCCCCUUGGCCUGUCCCUACAGGCCCUUGUCCAAAGCCCCUCUCCAGGUUUCCUGUAGCCCCUUUAGGCACUGGAGCUGCUCUAAGGUCUCCCCUUCAGGAGCCUUCUCUUCUUCAAGCCGAACCAGCCCAGUGUGUGGAUGUGGUGCUUUGGAACAUGGGUUAGUGGUGGCCUUGGCAGUGCUGGGUUCACAGUUGGACUCAAUCCUAAAGGUCCUUUCCAACCUGGUUGAUUCUAUGAUUCCCCACACGCUCUCUGCACGAUUUGGGGACACGUGUGAAGUACCAAACCAGCAGCAUCUCUACCAAGACCCUUUUCUCUGCUGCUUUACUUGCCUGUAACAUCCUUCAUAUAUUUUCCUGCUCCUUCUCAGUAGUGCACUUUGCUUCUUCGCAUCAGAUCACUUGUGGAACACCUGAUUUGUCACCACUCAGACUCACUUUUCUGCUGUGGAGUGCUGGUGUUCUCACAGUUAACGUAGCACUUUAACCACCCUCCGCAGGUGAACCUGCAGGAGGGACCAUGAACUUGUGUCCUUGACAUCUUCAACAAAGACAAAAAGCCUUUUACUAACUGUAAUAAAACCGUUUGUCACUUCA